AUUUCCUAGCCCAUCUACCCUUACCUACGCGUCCUACCAGAAUAGCGCUCAUACCGCCUCACGGAGCAAUCAGGUGGCACCAACUCCAAGAGGAGAAGAUCUCGACAGCAUCAUUUCAAGCACAACAUGACAUCGCAGAUCGUUCCGAUGUACUCUCAGCACUCCACACCGGGCUAUUAUAUUCAAACGAUAAUAAAGUGACACCUCAGAAGUCAGCCUUUACCUUCAGGGGCAUUUUACUAGGCUGAGGAUGAGUUUCACGCUCCCCAAAAGCGAAUCGACGACCUCUUUACUGAGAUCCUCCGCACCGGCCAGGAGCAUGGCUCAGCCGCCCGAUCAUCCCGGAGCCCGGCGGAUACACCAUCAGCGCUCCGCGGCGGCAGCGGCAUCUGGAGCGGAGACGGCGGACUGCGAUGCGAGCUCGCGGAGACCCCUUUGUCACCCCUCACUGGUCGGUACCCGAAAUAGCGCAGAGAAGAGCCACCCACAACACUCCCACUCCCAUGGACACGCUCUUUCCACGGCUCACAGUCAGGAGGACCUGUCGGAGCUUCCAGGUGGAAGAGAGCGCAAGACUGACAGGCGACACCACCACCAUCAUCACCACCACCACCACCACAACCGUCAUCAUCACCAUCACCGCCACCGGUCCACACGGGACGACCUGCCUCAGGAGCCCCGACCCAAGCACUCUCACGCCGCUCGUAUGCCCACCAGAACUCAGUCUUUCUCCGAGUCCAGGGACGAAACGGCUCUCUUUUUCGGAUCACCUCAACUGGCUCGACCCGGGUCUUCAUCGAGCAGAGAGGCGUGUCCAGCCUCCACCGCCUCAUCCUCGCCGGUGCCCGCGUCCUCCAGCCGCUCCUCCCGCAGAUCGAGGAGGUCCAGCGCUGCAUCUUCGGAAGCGGACUUCAACCUGCGGCCGUUCCUCAGCUCCGUGUUUGGACAGAAUCGAGAAUUGAGACCAGAGGAGAUUGAUGAGUUAAAAGAAGCGUUUAAGGAGUUUGAUAAAGAUAAAGAUGGCUUCAUCAGCUGUAAAGACCUGGGGAACUGCAUGAGAACCAUGGGCUACAUGCCCACCGAGAUGGAACUAAUAGAACUAAGCCAACAAAUCAACAUGAACUGUGGCCACGUGGAUUUCGAGGACUUUGUAGGGUUGAUGGGACCUAAACUCCUAGCAGAGACAGCAGACAUGAUUGGGAUAAAAGAGCUGAGAAACGCCUUCAAAGAGUUUGACACAAAUGGAGAUGGCGAAAUAAGCACAGGAGAGCUAAGGGAAGCUAUGAGGAAGCUGCUGGGACAACAGGUUGGUCAUCGAGACCUAGAGGACAUAUUGAGGGAUAUUGACUUGAAUGGAGAUGGCCGAGUAGACUUUGAAGAGUUUGUGCGAAUGGUGUCCCGCUGAGAGGGCAGCGUUUAUAUGGUAUCUGCAACAGAAGAAAGUGAGAUGCUGUACUGCUUCCUGCUGGUCAAAGCAGACAGACUAUUAGACUACUGCAAGAAAAGCCUUGCUGAGCCUGUGCAUGGUAUAAAAACGGAAAACUGGACUUUUUUGGGGUUGGGGGGUGGGGGG